UUGAUUCUCAACUUCCACCAACAUCCUUCGAUCUUGAGAUGUCUGGCAACCCAAAUAUGGAGAAGAUCGGGAAGCGCAAGUCGGCUGCUAGUAAACAGCAGCCCGAUUGGCUCUUCCCUGCCACUGGGAAACCUACAUCGACUCCAAAAUCUCAGACCCAAGAUCGAUCGAACAAUAAGCAAGAGAAGAAGCUUGCAAAGGAUCUUCUGAAGCGCCGAGCUGCUGGCGAACCUCCCAAAUCAGCUCCUCCUUCCCAACUAAUUGAUCUAGUGGGAGCUUUCCUUGCCGAAAACGAGUUCCCCAGCGCAAGCCAAGCAUUUGCUGCCGAGAGGAAGAAUGCUGGAGGAAAGGCGGGGAGCCUUAAGGGCGUGCCUUCGCUCACGACAAUCUACAAUGAGUGGUCCCAAUGGAAGGAUGAGAAGGCAUCUGGCUCAAACAAUGGGGCUAAGCAGGAGACAUCGAAGAGCAAGCAGAAGAGGACAAGCAGCAGUGGAAGUAGUUCUGAGGAAAGUGACAGCAGCGAUGUCGAGAUGGUAGAUGCCCCACCAGCGAAGAAGUCUAUCUCCAGAAAGUCGCCAUCAUCUUCGUCAAGCAGCUCCGACAGCGAUGCCGACGAUGAGAAUGAAACCCCAGUCGUCAAAGUAGCAUCGCCAAAAGCCAAAGUCAAUGUCCUGAAGCGGAAGCAACCUCAGAGUGAUUCCUCGUCUUCUGGCUCAUCCUCGAGCUCUGACUCUAGUUCAGAAGACGAGGCCCCCAAGGCGAAAAAAGCCAAAACCGCAGCUUCCUCUUCCGACGACUCUUCCUCGUCCUCCGACUCUGAAUCGAGCUCCGACUCUGAAUCCAGCUCUGAAGAGAAAGAAACUAAGGCAAAGACCACUACCAAGUCGGCUUCCAGCUCGUCAGACAGUGGGUCAUCAUCAUCAUCCUCCUCCUCCUCCUCUGAAUCCGACUCCGACUCCGACUCCGACUCGGAUUCCAGCUCGAAGGAUGCAGCACCAAAGGCGAAGUCAACCGAAUCUGCAUCUAGUUCUUCUGACAGUGAUUCUUCCUCUGACUCCGACUCUGAUUCUGAUUCGUCGACAAACUCCAUUGCCCAGAAGGUACCAUUACCAGAAUCAGAUUCCGAAAGCUCCUCGGAUUCAGACAGUGAUUCCGGCAAGGAGACUACCACCAAUAAGCAAGGCUCAGAGACAAGUGCAACUCUCUCGGAUAAUCCCAAAAAGACAUCCUCCUCUUCCUCCGGUUCAUCUUCUUCUAGCGAUUCGGGAGCCGUGCCAAAGACCACAACACAAGUCACGGAAGCCACAUCGCGCAAGCUCUCCCCCCCGCUCCCUCCCGACCCUGUCAAAAAGCUCCCACGAAAGACGAACCAGCCGUUCUCGAGAAUCCCAAAAGAUAUCAAAAUCGAUGAGCGAUUGGCCAGCAAUGCUUACGUCCCUUACGAUUACGCAGAGAAGGCUCAUCAAGACCUGAUCGUCACAAGAGGAAAGGGUUUCACGAAGGAGAAGAACAAGAAGAAGCGCGGCAGUUACAGGGGAGGCCAUAUUGAUAUUGAGGGUAAGAAGGGUAUCAAGUUUGAGGAUUAGACCUAGCGAGAUUAUGGCGCAAAGGCUGGCGUAGAGAGGACAGCAGUACUGAGACUUUAGGCGUACUCAAUGGUGUGAAAAUUAUGAUAGACCACCUUAGUUCAGAAACAUGAAUUGUAUUCACGGCC